AUGAUGCCUCGUGCCGUACCCAUCUAUCCAGGACCCCUCUCCAUGACAAGCGAAGAACAUUAUGAUUAUGUAGAAUCGAGGGCGAUCAUUACCGAAGAAGGUAGUCGGAUUAUUUUGGAAGAGGAGAUUACGAUAAAUGUGGAUUUUGGAACGACGGUUGAGGAGAGACAUUCGGAGGAUUGUGUUUGUGUGGUUUGUAGGGAUGUAGAGAGGGUGAAGAUGGGGAGGAGGACAGUGAUUACGGGGGGGCGUACGGGGAUUGGUGAGGAGGAUGAGGAUGAGGAUGAGGAUGAGGAGAGUGAGAGUGAGAGUGCGAGUGAGAAGGGAUGUGGUGAGGAUGAUGUUGGUGAUAAGGGUGGAGACGAUGAGGAGGGUGAGGGUGGAUGUGGAAUUUCCCAAGGAAAGGUUUCAGAGGAAAUUGAUGGGGAAAUCGUCUUUAUGGGUACAGGAAAGAUGACUUCCUUGAAGAUCUCCAGACCUCUUACUCCAGCAAGUAAAAAGUUGAGAAAGAGUAAGGGGGGUGGGGGCAGUGCAUCGACGACUCUUACAGAUGGGCUGAGAAAUCGCACUGCUUUGCUUCAAUUGAAGUACGGGGUUGAGAGAGAUCUAAGUGAGAUGGGCAAGUUGGAAGUAAGUGAAAGCAACACAUCUGAAGUUACAGCCGCUUCUUCAAUUUCGCUUUCACUUUCGCUUUCACCAUCGUCGGAUUCUGGCGCGAGUCUUAAUUAUGAGAGAGGACGAAGUGCGAGUCGAGAUCUCCAUGCUCGUUGGGAGCCGCAAAUCAAGAAUAAGCCAGGAUUGACAAGCAAAGGAUUGGGUGUGGUGAAGAGAAGUUUAUCGAGAAGUUUAUCAACUGGCAAGGGAAAAGAAAAGGGGAGUGACGGCAGUGGAAGUGGUAGGACACGCAAGGUAUGGAGAUUUGCGCGGAGUCUUAGUAGGCGGAGUGAUAACUCGGGCCAUUCAUCACAGAUGCGAAAAGAGGCAGAGGAAGAACAAGCCAAGCUCGAAGAGCAGUCGCGGGAUACGAGUCAAAGUGGAGAGAUCGAAGAUCAGCAUUCUUCUUUCGGGGAAGAAGAAAGUCGGCACACAAGUUUUCAAGGCGAUGAUGUUAUGGAGCAAGGUGAAGAGGGAACCCUAGGAGCGUUUAUUGGACCGCGACGAAAUCCCGAGAUGCACGAAUUUCCGACUUUUGAUCCCCAGCAAUUUGUUCCGGCUCAAUCUGCAGAAUUGCACCGAUUCAAGAAGAGAUCGAGUUCCGAGUCAAAUAUCUCGAUCUUGGAGCUCGAUGGAAAAUCCCAAUCCCGCUCACGAUCACCUUCUCUGAGAUCUCGCCAUUAUAGUUCUCGCGGUUCUUUCUCGCUCAAUUGGGAUAAUAUCUCCUCGGAUACUGUGUAUCAUAAACAUGCUCGUCGCUUCUGGCAGAAUCCUUCUGCGUAUGGUGAAGAUAUACCAGGUUAUAACCCCGAAACUGAUAAUCCAUAUCUUGCAUAUGAUCGGUAUCAAGAAGUGAGCGAGUGGGCGGAUAGCACAGAGGAAGCUGAUCCAGACCACGUUGUUGCAUUGACAACACGAGAGUUGAAGCGACUGUGUGGAGAUGAGGUUAAAGUUCCUUUUGAUUUUAUCCCCGAGGGAUAUGUCAACCCGCCAAAUUCACAGAAUGGAAGUGUCGUUGGUAAGGAUGAUGAUGAUGAUGAUGAUGAUGAUGAUGAUGAUGUUACGAUUAUGGGAGAUGAACUGGAUGAGGAAACGGAACCAGAGUUCAAACAUAAGGAUCUUGUUAAUCUUUUGGGAAUACCUGGAUGGGCUCAUGUGUGGGAGGACAUGACGAAAAUGCAACGUCAUUUUCAUAUCGUUGCCGCUGGGGAUUGGAGAAUGGGUCCAGUAUUUGACGUUAAAAGCAACUAUUCGGCUUACUAUGGCGUACCAUUGUUUGAACCACAUGACGUAGGUCUUGAUGGUGUGAAUAGGAAGGACGUGCGAGGACUGGAUGUUCCUGGCUUGGAGGAGUUGGAGUUGAAAUUUAGGCUUGAGGAUGAGGCUGAGGAUGAAUAUGAGGAGAGAGAUCAGCGCGAACAUGCAGACGAGAAAGUGGAGCAUGAGAUUGCAGCGGAGUAUGAUAGUGAUGGGAUCCCCUACGACGAUUUCGGCCCCGCAGGAUUCACAGCAUCUGAGACGGGAAGAAUGUAUAAACGCUCUUCUGAGGAAGGAGGACAAUUCGUAGGAAGCGAAGCUGAAGGAUCCGAAGCAGGAGAAUACGCAGGUUCCAUAGUCGAAGGUUACGGAACCACCGACGAUCACCGCGCCGGCACAGGUACUGGUACUAGUCCUGGUACUGUUGGCAUCGACAAUAGUUUCCGAGCUCGCAUGGCGCGCGGCUACAUUUCCACGGGAAAAUACGAUCUCAGCAUGAUGAACCGCACCUCGAAUCCCGACAGUGUAGCCAGCGAAGAAGAAUACGACACCGACGACGACGAAGAUAGUGAGAGCGACGAUGGAACAUUCAACGACUACUCUUUUGGCGAUUCCUCGUACCAUGGAACAGAAUGUCAAGAAGAUUACGCCAUUGGCACAUCGACAUUUACACCGCACGUCUUCCAACUGUACCCACCAUACGACGCAGCCCACGACUGCACAAGCAUCGGCAUCACACCCGACGAAAUGGAGCGUGCUCGUCCCGCGGCCUGGGAUGCCGAAUUCAUCGAGGAUAUAAUAGGAUACUCUCUGCACGAACACGAAGCGCGCAAGCCUCGCGAUCCCACUGCCGAGAUGAUCCUAAUGAGCUAUCUCGAUCCGAUUUCCCAACCGGCAAAAUCCUCGCAAAUGGGUUCGCAUUCGAGAUCUCGAGCUUCGACAGGCUCAUCUACACCAGUUCCUUCACCUACCAAAUCCGGCAAAUCCUUCGUGCCAACCCUCAAAUCUAUCCCUCGCUCCCUUAAUCUUAAUAAAAAUAAAGCACUUCCCUCCACCCCUCCCAUCGGCAUUGGCAUUGGCAUUGGCAUCGGAUCCCGCAGCACCCAUUCCAAUUCCAGCGCCGCAAAAAGCAAAAGCACACUAACUCUACGCAACAUUUCCUCCUUCCGCAAACCCUCUCUUUCACAAGCCAACAUUGCCAAGCUCGAUGGUAAAUCCCCGAGUAACAAGAUUUCCAAAUCCAAAAUCUCCAAAUUCAAAAUCUCCAAAUCUAAAGCCCAAAUUUUAAGCGAUCAGUCUUCGGACUCCGACUCUGAUACCUCCUACAUCGAUCUCACGCGCCCAGGCUCCGCAUAUCUCGUUCCUCCCGCGCAAUCUCUAAUCCUCUAUCUGCACGGCCACGGCCUCAGCACCUCGCACAUUGCCUUCCUCCUGCAACCGCUCCAUCAAAAAUUUCUCUACGAUUCCUCUUCAUCGUGGUGGCCUCCCUCUUCUCUUCUCCCCCCUUCCCCAUCCUCUUCCCCCACAAACCCCUCCACAAGCUCCUCCCAAAACUCCCUCCCAAACCCCAAACCCCCCCUCCGCUUCCCCCCCCACCACCUCUUCACCCCCACCACCGUCGACCAAAUCCUCGCCCACUGCACCUGCCCCAAGCCCUGGUGGGAAGAACCACACGCCGUCGAUCCAGACGGAAAAAUCUUACCCGAAGCUUUUAAAAUAUUGCAGCGGGGGAUGCAGGUGAGGAAGGCGCAGAUGUUGGUUAGGAAGAGUGUGGAGAAUUUUUAUUUUUGGAGGUUGAGGGGGGAGGCGCCGCAUGGGAAUUUGAUGAGGGGGUGA